AAAGGUCCUUCAAAUCAAACAAACGUCUGUUUCCGAAGAAUUUCCAAAGACUAUUGUCUACCACGGCUUAACUAGGGAAGGUUAGUUUUUCUCACGUACGCUGCAACCUUCCUCCCACUAACCACUUUCUCUCGAGGGCGGCUAAGACCCUUCGUUUAACCAAUUAACAACGAAGCCUAUUUCCCUCACUCUCUUAACUAACAUCGGCAUCAUCAAAUCCGAUGGUCCCGUGCGCUAGACACACCCAUCCUUAGCUUUCCUCCGACACAGCAUCGUCUCCCAAGACAAUACUGAUUUUACAUCCUUCGAACGGUCAACAUCCUUCCACCGGGUAUACACACCCGCAGAUCAGUCACUCGCUCAUCUCGUACAUACGCAUCAGCGUAACUAUCCUCGUUAUAAGUUGUGGAAUAAACGGUGAAAUAUAACUUACUACUGUGUCAUAUUCAUAUCAACCACCUCUGUUAUCCUAACCGAAACAGGGGAACGACUACUUCGCGGCGUCGAUUCACCGAAUCGUAGCGAGAAUUUACGCCUCUCGCUGACGCGUUUUCCUCGCGACCGCGUCCCUCCGCGAACGGUCGUAACAUACUCCUUAUCGAGCAUUUUUGAAAAUAUAAUUGAGAAAGUGGAAUCUGGAUAGAAAAUUGUUUUACCUACGAAGCAUUAUAAAAAUCCUCCCGUUGGCCGCGGAUGCGUUAUCAAGCCUGAGGCCCUCGUCACUAGUGUCACUAUCGACAAUAAAGGUACCCCACCCGCGACCGGACGAUGGAGAACUCCAACACGGAAUCGCAAUCUCCCGCGAGUCCUGCCCGGGAGGGCGCCUCGAGCUCGGACUCGGAAUGUGACUCGAGCUCGGCCUGCUCAUGAGCGACCACCCCCUGAAAAACAGCGCACUGUAUUCUGCCCUAAACCGUGCCCUAGAGGGUCCGGCAGCGUAUUGGCUUACGCAGAUAAUGAACGGCGACGAGCUCACCUGGCCAGAUUUUAAGGAACAAUUCGCCGCGCACUUCGGUGGCCAAGAAGUAGCAGCCGCGUCGCUAAUCAAGGUAGCCGAGGAACUACCGCGGGACGGCGAAACACCAGGAGCGUACGGAAAUCGUAUCAUCACUCUCCUGGGGUCGAAGUGGCGAAAUUCAACCAGGGAAGAGGUACUCGCCGCCACCGCCCUCCAUCUGCUGGGCUCGCGCGAUGAACGUUUUAAACGACUAGCGCUCACGAGUGACAUCACGUCGGUGAAACAAUUCCAAAGAGAAAUGAAGCCCUUCCUAUACACGGAGUGGCCAACGCCCCCGCCGUGGAGGUCAUUAGCGAGCUCUGGAAACAAACGAGGCAGGUCACCCGCCCCCUGGACCAGGUGUGGCCACUGCGGUAUUUACGGACAUCCGACAUUCGAAUGCCGCAAGAGGGCGAAGUGGGAACCGAAGAAGGACCCCCGACGCCCGGAGGAAAGCCGACCGGCUGCACCACCAAAAGCGUUGUGCUUUCACUGCCACAUGCCGGGACACAUCGCGUCUCGCUGUCCAUCGCGGCGAGAUGAAAAACAUUGCCCCGAGGACGAGCGCCGGGUCGAUGCCUGCGUGGUGGAAGCCCCGACGGGUAGACUAAGCCAGCAGGCCACACACGAGGACGUGUAAGUGUCAGGAUGGCCGAGUCGGAGACGAAAGGACGCCGGGGCCCCUCUGGAACUUCAAGACAACACCCUAACCUUGCAACCUAGAGCCUAAUAUAGCCAUAACGAAACAAUCGCAAGUAUCCAAACCGCUAGCAAUCGUAGCAAUUUGAAACAAGGUGAGUAACUGAUGAGAUGACUUUGCAUUUGUCUCACCACAGAGACAGACGUUCAAGAAUUCAUUGUGAAAAGACGAGUACAAACAAGAUACGUAUGUCUUUCCGUUAAGCGAAUGUUACAGUUUGUUUGCAAAAGUCAGUUUUUAGAUUAUAGAAUCGUAGGUAGAAUUUAGAGGAUAGAAACUUUUAGUAGUCACUUUUAGUUUAGUAAAGUCUUAUCGACAAUAAGCAGACUACGUUAUGAUACAACGAUUCCAACUGAAGAUUUCUAUCGACAUCACGAAUUCGAUGGCUUCAAAAUUUUCUUCUCUGCAAUCUCAGACGCUCAACUCGAAAGAAUCUUUUAGAUCCCCCGACAAACACUCGACUCAGGUUAUCUAUUAUCGUAAUCUUCCUACGGGAUUUUUUUUAACUGCGUUGCGUUAACGAAUAAGGGGAUAACAUCACGUUUCUCUCAACGCCUUUCAACGUUCUACAACUUUUAUUCUUUGCAAAUCCCUGUCUCUAUAUGAUAAACGCUGGUUAUCCGCGGAAGGAGCGAGGACAACGAA